GACAGCUUCACCUCUGCAAAGCUCUAGUCUUUGCCAUUGUGGGCUUAUUUUCUGGGUUUCAAGACUCUUUUUAGUAUUCCUUCUUUAAUGUAUAAACCAAAUUGAUAUGUCAUCUUUUUGUUUUCGAAAUUGUAUGCUAUUUGGUCCUUUUAUUUUGUAAUCGAUAAUUUUCGCAGUAACUUAGUGAUCAAGCAAAGGUAAUUAAGAAACUCUUUCAGUCACAGUUAUUUUCAACAAAAAUGGAUCAAAAAGAAAAGGAAGGACAUCAAAAAACUGUCGAACCAGCAAAAGUUGCUUGUUUGAGCUCUUCUACAAGUUCUGAGAACUGCUUACCUAAAUACAGCGAAAUCCCAUAUUCUCAUGUUGACAAUAUGGAGAAGGGUAGUUUACGUUUACAGUCCGAUCCAGAUCCAGUUCCACCAUACUCAAGAAGACGACAUCAAGAAGCUUCUAUUCACAUGGCGCAAGGAAACGGUUUCUUUAUUCUUUUACGAGAUGUCUUGUCGGCAUUAUUAUGGUUAAUUUUCUGGCCGGCAAAAAUCGCAAGAAUCCCGGAAGCACAGCGGAGACAAGAGAAUGAAGCUCUUCGGCUUGGUUGGUGCCUUAAUGGUUCAAUUAUAUUGAACUUUAUCUUUUCUUACAAAUACCUUGUCCCCUUUAUAAAGGAAUCAAUGAAAGAAUCUGUAUGGUUAUGGUUUCAAAUUCCAGUAGCAGUUGUUCUUGUCAUCGCGACUUUCUACAUGUUCUUAUUUUUUUGUUCAUUGUUGGUGGAUUUUAUCGUUACACUGAUUCCUCUAGUCCUUUCUGGAACCACUAUGCUUGUUUCUGGAAUAUCUUUAUUUCUUUCCUCGCUUUUUUCUGGAAUAUUUUUAUUUCUUUCCUCGCUUUUUUCUGGAAUAUCUUCAUUUCUUUUUUCGCUUUAUUCUGGGAUUAAUAGUGCUGUUACGAGUGCUCUAGGUUUCAGGAUGCCGUCAGAAAGAAACGACUUGACGGAUGAUAAUUGUAUCCCAUGAAACAGCAUGUCGACAGAGACUGAAAAUCAGUUUAAUGAUUGUAAUGAUAAUACUUUCGAGCAACCGUCCUCUGAACAUUCUGAGCAAUCUCCAGGGUUACGCCGGGGACCUGGUCAGUCUAGGGAUGUGGAAAACAGUGAGAGUUGAUUUGUACGUAAAGCAAAGCAUUAUUUAUUAGUAAUUCCCAAUCUUUUUGGUUGUUCUCCUGCAUGCUUUUGCGUAUGUUUGUGUUUGUGUUUAUGUUUAUUUCGUCCCUGCAUAUUUAUUUUAAGAAUGCAUUUUGCAUGACGAGUACUCCUGAAUGGCGUCCGUUUUCUUGAUUUACUUGAUCUCUUCAACAUUGGAUAAGUAAGAAUGCUUAUUACUGGAUGAUAUUGUCAUUGUAUCUGCAUAGCUAGGUUCAAUUGCUUAUUAUUUAUUCGUUUGAUACUCUAUUUUCUGAUCUUUGUUAUUCGUUUCAUAAGUCUAGGAAGAUCUUUAGUUCUUUCCUUGAAUUUAAGAGUGAUUAUUGCAUUUCCAACUUCCACUGCUAUUAUUACCUUCAUCAAAGGACCAUGCCGACCCAAAUGCCAGCCAUAUGCUUCAACAAUAAGAGCCACAAAAGAAAUAAGCAAAAAAAAAAGAAAAAGAAUAAAAACGAAGCGGUAAAAAGCCUACAGCAUCCCGGAUUCCCAUGUUGUCUCCAACCAUAGUACUAACGAGACCCUCAGACGCUUAACUGCAGUGAUCGGACGGGAACUGGUGUUUUCGCCUAGGUGUGGCCGUAGACAUCUGUUCGUACAUGUAUAAUUACUAGAAUUUGUAACAGUACUACCGUUAGGAUGAGGAUUGGUACUAAUGUCGGUACUUCUGUUGAUCCUUUGAUGUGUGUAUCGUACAAAAGAGGAAUGUGUGAUGAUUCUUCUAGAGGUAACUAGAAUGACGAGGAGAGCUGCAGUAAACAAAAGAGUACAAGGAAAAAGAAGCAAAGAAAAGAAAAAGCCAUUUCUAUGUCCAGUUGAGAAGAAUAAAUGACAGAAUUUGUACAAAAGAACAAAAGGAAUGGCAUGGAAAUUCGACGAAUUCCAGUGGUGGCCAAAAGGCAGCAUCUAGAAAGUGCUAGGCCGUUUAGUUGCUCGUGAUGAGUAGGUAUAAAUUGGAAGCAUGUAAAAGUCAAUCGACAACAUCUACAAACAG